AUGUUAUCUCAGAGAGGUCUUUUGUACAAGAAAUUCCCCGAGCCCUACAAGUCCGCCCUUGUGCAUGGUGGACAACAGCUGUGCUUCGCAGUGAAGGAAGUCAGAUCUUAUCUGUCUAAGACCUCGUGGCAUCAAGGCUCCCAGCUCAUCGGGGAGCUGAAAGCAGCCUAUCUCAGUUCUGCAGGGCAUGGAGCUUUGCGUAUACUGGAGCAGAGCUGCAAAACACUCAAUGACAACAAGGAGUUUUGGCUCCCAGGGGCAACUAUGGUAUGUUUGGCGAGUUUCUUGAACUUCCCCUCAAGAUUCUGGAGGCAAACAAGGCGCCUCCAAUUCCAGCAGUGCAGGGUUUCGUGGAAACCGCGCUGCGAGAGGCACUCCAUCGUCCGAUCAAUUCUCGGCCAGACGAACUGGCAGGGUGAGCUCACAAACAGUCCUCCUGUUGGACCUGGACCAAAACAGAGUGCAAAGACUAACCAAUUGUUUGAUGUUUUUCUUGGAGAUCUUGAACAGUAA